AUGACCAAUCUCACAGCAGUAUCUGUAUUUGUCCUCCGAGGCUUCUCAGCUGUCCCUGAGUUACAGCUGCUCAGCGCGGCCACCUUCCUCCUUAUUUACCUGGCUGCAGUUCUGGGGAACAUCUCCAUUAUGGCUGCUGUGACACUUGACGCCCGCCUGCACAUGCCCAUGUACUUCUUCCUCAAACAUCUCUCCCUGGUGGAUAUCUGUUCCAUGUCCACUACCCUGCCCCGGGCCCUGGUGGCCACCAUGGUGGGCUCCGGAGAGAUUUCUCUCCCUGCAUGUGCAUCCCAACUCUUUGCCUUUAUCUGCUUUGGGUCCACGGAGUGUUUUCUUAUCACCUCCAUGGCUUUUGAUCGCUGUAUGGCCAUCUACAAACCCCUUGUGUACAGGGCAGCCAUGAGUCCCCAGACCUGUGUGUCCCUGGUGGUGGUGGCCUGGGGCAGCGGGCUCCUCUACUCCACCUUCCACACAGCCAACACCUUUUCCCUGCCCUUCUGUGGUCCCAAUGUGAUUGACCACUUCUUUUGUGACAUCCCCCCAAUCAUGCGCCUAGCCUGUGCCAAUGCAGAAGCCCAUGAGGCUGCCGGAUUUGCCGUCAGUGGCUGUAUCAUCAUAAGCUGCUUUGCCGUCACCGUCCUCUCAUAUGUCCGCAUCUUGGCCACGGUGAUUCAGAUCCGUUCAACAGCUGGCCGCCGGAAGGCUUUCUCCACUUGUUCUUCCCACCUGGCCACGGUGCUGCUGUUUUAUGGCACUGGAAGCUCUGCCUACAUGCAACCCACUGCCCACUACUCCCCACUGCAAGGGCGCAUGGCUGCUGUCUUCUAUUCCAUCCUCACACCCACACUGAAUCCGCUUAUCUACAGCCUAAGGAACAAGGACAUGAUGGGAGCUCUGCAGAAGCUCUAUCUUCAGGUGUCAUCUUAG